AUGGAACAACAAUUAGUAGUAGGAAGAAUUCACUUGGACUUUUCAGUAGCUUAUUUGAGAGAGAGAAGUAAAAUUAUUAGCACAAAAGAAGAUACUAGUUCAGUUCAAGUUUUUAAAAAAGAAAUUGAAAUAGAUAGAGCAGGAGUUAGGCAGCUUAAAAACAACAGAGGCAAUAAGGUUAAUAUUGAUAAGAAAAGAGAGGCCAGAUUUUUUGCUAAAGGUGUGUUCAGUAUUUCUUGUUUCAAAGCCAGGUUCAAAAAAAUAUCAUAUGGUUAUAGAUUUGAGAAGAUUAGACCAAGUGCUGUUAAAGAAGACCUUUUAGUUCAAAGGUUUAGAAGGAUUAUUAAGAACAAUUAG